CUGUCAACUGUCGUAUGCCGCGGCAGGGAAAAUUGUCAACAAUUUCUAGCUCGAGAAUUUCCGGAAAAAGGGAAACGGUUCUGGAACCGGAGAGGCUCUACAAGUUGGACUGCUAGAGACACCGGUAGGGCUGCGGUAAAGGUGUCGGUAAAGCUCAAUCGGCUUCAAAGCGGCCGGAAAGAUGCCACCGAAGGUGCAAAAGUGUUCGCUUUGCCGGUCGCUUCGCUCGGAGAAAUGGUACAUGCUGGACCGUCGGUGGAUCUGCUCAGCCUGCCACGAUAUACAGCUGAACCCACCGAUCGAGCCGCUGCGCGAACGAACACCGGACCGGGCGACGGUGGCCACACCCACUGCCGGUCCGUCGAGCAAGCAGUCAGUGGCCCGGGCCGGUGAUCCGAUGGAGAUCGAUGAUCCCGGCGAGGGUACCUCGAAGCAGGCGGCGGAUCCGAGAGGAAGGAAGAAACACACGGUAACGUUCGCGGACCCACCCGAAACAGAUCUGACUGGCGCGGCAACGGCGGCAGAGUGCAGCGAGGAAGCGAAGGACACGCUUGCCCCGCUCGGUACAUACUCGCCGCGCCGCCUGCGACGCCGCAUCUGCCCCGUGGUCAAGCCAACCGUACGGAAGCGAGCGACGAGCGGUAAACCGGGCCGGCGGGCCUACCUCAAAUCGAAGGCCAAAUCGCGUCGCUCGAUCCUCAAGAAACCACCGACCAAGUCGACGACCGAAACCGCCUACACCAAAUCCGUGCAGAAGGUGUUCCACGAGAACCUCUGCUACCAGGUCGGUGACAUCGUGUCAAUGGUCGACCAGAAGGACAACACGUACUACGCCCAGAUCAAUGGGCUGCUGAUUGAUAUUUACCGCGAGAAGAGCGCCACCCUGACCUGGCUGAUACCGACCACCUGCAGUCCGCCGCCGAACGAGGGCUUCGACGCGUCCACCUACAUCAUCGGACCGCAGGAGGACAUGCCCCGCCGGCUGAACUACAUGCAGUUCGUAAUGAAUGCACCGAGCAACUUCUACCUGGACAAGCACAACCCAUUCCCGAGCCCGGAAUCCUACGGGCCGACCAACACGAGCCAGCGCAACAACCGCAACUACGUGUGGGCCAACAUUUCCCACCUUCACCACGGCGAACAUGUACCGCUGCCGAGCGGGGUGGUUUAGGAUCUCCUUGCACAGGAGACAAUUUGUUCGGCGCGCGCGUUAACAGGAACGGGUAAAUGCGGGGGGGG